AAAGUUUACAACCUGAAGAACCUCAACGUUCCGCAACGUUGAAUGUGGGCAAGGGGAAUUCAUGGAGUUACGGCUUAGGGAUAGUGCUUACGUUUCCUAGUGCUUAGGACUACAGUAAAGACCAGAAGUUUGAAGCCUAAACAGUAAACAGACGAUAUGGCCGAGAGAAAAUCAGUGAACAAAUAUUACCCACCAGAUUGGGAUCCAAGUAAAGGGUCUGUCAACAAGCACUUUGGCCAGCACCCACUGAGAGACAGGGCUCGCAAACUCAAACAGGGGAUUCUUGUUAUCAGAUUUGAGCUGCCCUACAACAUCUGGUGUGGAGGUUGCAAUAAGCCUGUUGCAAUGGGAGUGAGAUACAAUGCUGAGAAGUCCAAAGUAGGGAACUACUACACAACACCCAUCUACAAGUUUCGCAUGAAGUGUCACUUGUGUGAUAACCACUUUGAGAUACAGACAGACCCGAAGAACCAUGACUAUGUGAUCUUGAAUGGAGCUCGUCGAAAGGAACAAAGAUGGGAUCCUAAAGACAAUGAACAAAUUGUACCUGAAGAUAAGGCCACACAGAAGAAACUGGCGACAGAUGCCAUGUAUAAACUGGAGCACGGGUCGGAUGACAAGGAUGCCGGUAAAUCCCGGGUGAUGAACCUAGGCCAGAUAGAGGGCCAAAGGGACCAGUGGAAGGAUGACUAUAUGAUCAAUAAACUGGCAAGGGAAAAAUUCAGGAUGGAGAAAAAACAUAUCAAGGAAGUCCAGGCUGUAGAUGACAGACUACUAGAAAAAUCAUCUCUAGAUAUUCCACUGGUCAAGGAGGACGAAGAAGAUGUACGAUUGGCUGGUCUGCUCAAGUACACUGCCACAGAAUCAUUUGAUGAAAAGCAGCUACAGAAAAGGAAAGAGAUAGAACAGAAACCAAUAUUCCAAGGCAUGUCUAUGACAAAGGAAUCAAAACCAUCAACUAGUAAAGACAAAAAACUGGAAGUAAUUAAACAAAAGUUUGCUGGCAAAAUAGGUGUAAAUAAAACCAAUAUCUUUGAUUCUCCUUCAGUCUUGUCCAAAACAGAAAAGCAGAAUUUGAAACUGUCAUUAGGAGUCCGCAAAAGAUUGUCAACAAAUAAACAGGAAGGAGUUAAUUCUGAAGGAAAGUCGGCAGCCUCACAUGAAACACAUCAGGAUGCUAAACUAAUGGACAUGAGCAGUAAAGACACUUGUGGUGUUGACCAGAGUGGACAAAAUAACUGUGAUAAUGACAAGGUUAAAGACUUAACUCAUACUGACUGUAUGAUGACUGUGGACCAGUCUAGUGAGGAUGAUGGGUUUAACAAUGGGAGUACCAGCUGUCCCGGUCUGGUUACAGCCAAUACUGUAGGACUGGGACUUGUGUGUAGUUACAGUGAUUCAGAUAACACUAAUGAUUCCAGUGACACAUAGUUAUUAUAUGUUACAAGAAGCCCAUACAAUAAAUUGUCUUCUAAAGCCA